AUGGACAAGCCGAAGGUUAAAACGGAGAAAGAGGACCGCUCGGCGGAUGACCGGCCGUUCUCGUGCCCGAAGUGUCCGUACCGGUCGGACCGGCAGCACAACCUGCGGCAGCACCUGCUUACCCACACCGGCGAGCGGCCGCACCAGUGCCCGUACUGCGACUACGCCGCGGGCCGGAAACCCCACCUGGUCAGGCACAUGGCCAGGCACACCGGGGUCACACCUCCCAUGAAGCAGUGCCCAUUCUGCGAGUACACCUCCAAGCGUAUGUACGACAUUAACGUGCACGUGCGCACCCACACCGGAGAGCGACCCUACAAAUGCCCCGUGUGUGACUGGUCCUUCGCACACAGCUCCACCCUAGGUACACACAUGGACAUACACCGAGGGAACAAGAGAUUCCAAUGCCCCCAUUGCGACUACGCUUCUGUACGUAAGGAAUGUCUACGACUACACUUGUCUAAACACACCGGCUUCUUUCCGUACCUCUGUGGCGAGUGUGGGUACAAGACUGCUCAAAAGAGCCGCAUGCUGAAACACAUGAGAACCCACACGGGAGAGAAACCGUACGGCUGUCCGCAGUGUGACUUCACCACAGCCCAUAAGAGGUGUGUGGACCGUCACAUGUCUAUCCACACCGGUGAGAAACCCCUGAUGUGUGAGGAGUGCGGGUACCGAACGGCGGAUCGAGGAAAUCUGGUGAAACAUAUGCGGAAACACACGGGCGUGAAACCGUACACCUGCGGCCUGUGUGACUACUCCAUCUCCGACAGAAGGCUGCUCAACAAGCACAUGAAGACGCACGAGGAGGGAAAUCAAACGGGUAUAGAAACCGCUACUUCGGCCGUGAAAGUAAAAAAGGAAAAGUGCUAG